AUGGCGGCGCCCACGGGCCACGUGGGGCCCGGGGGAGGGGGUGAGGAGGAGGAGGAAACGGAGGAGGAAGAGGACGAGGAAGAGGAGAAGGGGCUGCGGGCCGUGUUCCCCCGCGACCCCGAGCUCUUUGCCGAGUCCUUCCCGGCGCGGCGCCGGUUCCGCCUGUGCGGGCGCGUCCUGCGCAUCGCGGAGCUGCACGGGCCGGGGCUCGGCACGGCCGGGAGCGUCUGGGAGGCGGCCCUGUCCCUGUGCCGGUUCCUGGGGGAGCAGCGCCUGGACUUGGGUGGGCGGCGGGUUCUGGAGCUGGGGGCGGGCACCGGCAUCGUGGGGAUCUUCGCUGCCAUGCUGGGGGCGGAGGUGACGCUCACGGACCGUCCGGCGGCGCUGCCGCAGCUGCGGGAGAACGUUCGGCAGAACUUCCCGGGGGGGUCCCCCGAGGGGGUCGCGGGAGGGGCCCCGCGGGUGCGGGCGCUGCGCUGGGGGCGGGACCAGCGCCGCUUCCCCCCCAGAUUCCACCUGGUGCUGGGCUCCGACAUCGUGUACGACCCCCGUGCCUUCGCCCCCCUCCUGGGCACCCUCCGGCACCUCGUGGUCCCCCCGGGCCGGGCCCUGCUCAGCGCCCGCCGGCGGGGGGGGGACGCGGGGACCUCCCGUUUCUUCGGGCAGAUGUUGCCCCCGUUUUUUCGGGUGCAGCUGCUGCGGAGAGACCCCGAGGGGGACAUCGAGAUCUAUGGGCUGACCCCCCGGGAGGGGGGUGGGGAGGGGGAGCAGCUCACGGGGGUCUGGGGAGGUCCCGAGGGGGAUUAAAUGGCCUCGAGGGGCCUCAGA